AUGGGCGCCUGCCACAGCCAGGAGCGCGAACCCUGGGAGACCGCCCACAAAACAGAGCCAUCAUGCCAGGCCUGGCGCCUCGUCGACCGCGUCGCCGCCGCGCGGACGGCGCGCCGAGCGAACCGAUCGACUAUCCCGCUGCCGCUCGCGCCCGGGAGUCAGGUUUCGGCGCACAUGGUGGUCUGCCCCCACGCGGCACGCGAAACCUUCGCCGAGGACUGCGACGCGUUGUCCAAGUCGCGGGGCCGUUGUGCCGCUCUGACGGCGGUGAACGGCGACGCCUGGCGCGCCCAGCGCCCGCUCGUCGCGAAGGCGUUGGGCGGCGCGCCGUCGCGCACGUCGCGCGCCGCCGCUGUGGCCGUCGCGGCGGAUAUGAUGGCACAGCUGCGGGGCCCUGUCGACGCGCGCGAGGUAGGUUUACGCGUGGGGACAGCAUGCGUCGUCGCCGCGAUGGUCGGCUGUCGGGACGCGGCCCUCGAAGGCGCCGUCGCGGCGAUUUUUGCGCCGUCGCUCGCGAGGGCGCACUACCGAGCGACGCCCGCCGAGGGCGCGCGCGUCGAUGCCGCGUUGCGGGCGGCGGGCGACGGCGGCCUGCUCGCGGCGCUGCGGCAGGAGUGCGCGGCCGCUGGGUUUGAGGAAGGCGUCGCGCUCGACAAUGCUCACCGCGCGCUCUUAGCAGGCGCGCAGACGAUCGCCGCGACCCUUUGCUCGGCGCUCGCGUUUAUUGCCGCCCAUCCGCCUCAGAAGAGCCUCGACGCGCGCGCCGCGGUCCGUGAAACACUCCGGAUUCUACCGCCCGUUGCCACGCUGCCGCGGCGCGUCGAGACCCGCGUCGACCUUGGGGGCGGUGGGGUCGCGCGCGGCGCUUGGGUUGUCGGCGACCUCGUGGCCUGCGCCCACGGCGGCGACGCCGCGUCGCUUCGCUACGACCCUGCGCGGUCCGCCGACGGGGACGCGGCGCCGUGGGGAGUAGGCCCGCGCAGCUGCCCAGCGGGCCAACUCUCGACGGCCUGCGUCGCCGCAGCCCUCGAGGCGCUCGACGCGCGCGCGACGUGGCGCCUGGCCCGAAAGCGCGACGGCGUCGGCCCCGACGGCAGCUGUCGGUUCCUGGAGCCGCUCGUCUACGCGCGGACGCUGGCGUUUCCCCGGCCGGUGCCGCUCGUCGUCGACGAGAGGCGGCUCCCACGACCCCCGGAUAUGUAACCUGUGAAUUACUCUACAAUGGAUGAGGAUAUGAACUUGUGGGGGAGGGGGUACUUUGUGAUGAUGAUGAU